AUGGAACAAGCGUUAGCUCAAAUUGGUAUUCUAGGUGCUGGUAUGGCAGUAGGCAAUGUUCUAAUUAAACUUGUUACCGAAGCUGCACGUAAGAUAAUAUCAGCAAUUGAUCGAAGAGGCGAAUCUGGUCAUAAUAAUCCACAGCCUUAUUAUCAACCUAUGCCUGGACCAACGUAUAAUUAUUAUCAAGCAAAUAGAUAUUAUUAA